UACAGAAGGGGAACCAAGGACGUACAUAUGUUAGCGCUGCUGAACUCUGAUGCAGCCAGUAGCCUUCCUCUUUGUGUGGGAAAUUACCGAGGAACAGACAGCGCUGGUCUCACUAUUGUCGAGCUGAAAAUGACUAUGCCCUAAUUAGCCCACUUGAUAUUUAGAGAUUAUGACGACUCAUUGACUUUGCAUUAUCGGAGUAAAUGAUAAAUGAUAACAGGGUGUGCGCGACCAGAGAUAUGUCAUUGUACGCCAAUGAUUAAAGCUGAAGGUUUUUUUUGCUUACAAACAUCACAUCGUCGUUCUCGUCCUGACAAACGCUCUGUUCACCACCGAUGGGCCAGACUUCUGCAGGGCUUUUCGUAAUUCCGCGUGUCUCCGAAUUUAUUUGCUUACAAAUGAAAGUACUACGUCUAAGGUCAUAUAUAUACACCUCUUCUGCUUGGGUGUCCAUCCACAUGACAGACGACGCUUUGAUUUUUUUCUACUCCAGAGUCGUUUGCUAAUUUCCCCAAUUUUAACAAAUUUUAACAAAAAGUGACAUAAUCAUCACCUUGUCGGGCUUCCGUCAAUUUGUAUUUUUGUGUUUAUCCAGCGAAAACUGUCUUGUCGCACGAACCUGUGUUUUCCCACGGUGAGCAUUUUGUGCAAAGUUCGGUAGAAAUCUCGAGGGUUCGGAAAGAAAAUGUCCAUGUGAUGGGAUGUCAAUCUUGACCUAACCAGCACUUGCAACCUUGAAUCGCGUAAGAUACUUCGUAAGAGCAUCGUCACCGGGAUAGAAGUCCAUUUGAUGUAAAAAGGAAAAAAGGGUCAUCAUUUAGAUAUGAUAUACUAGCACUGCAAGAUUUUCCCUAUCCUGAGGAUGAAAAAAGUUUGGAUAGGCUAGAUAGCAUUUUGAAUUUUUUUUUGUACUCGUAAAUAGCGUUGACGCUAGUGGGACACACAUUGCCCUUAAUAGUUUUACAUCAUUUGUAAGAAAGCGAAAAACAAAGCAACAACAAAGUUCUAGUUCUAUAUCCGACGUUUAGGUUUACACUCCAUCCAUGGAGAGGAUAACAUUGACUUGUGCAAAAGCAGGAGAAAACUUUUUAGACCUAACAUUAACAUACCAGCAGCAUGACACAAUUGACUGACGGAUGAUCUCCCUUACAUGCGCUUAGUGAGAUGAGUACAUCAGUUGGGCCUUCCUAUCCACACCGUGAACAUGUCGACUGACCGGAGCGCUGUUGUGUCGCUGACGGAGGGAGAGAAGGCCACCAUUCGCCGGACUUGGGCCGUCGCUUCGAGGGACAUGAUGGGGAACGGCGCCAACAUCCUUCUGAAGAUGUUCGAGAUUAAUCCAGACACGAAGAAAGUGUUCGCAAAAUUCCGGAACAUUCCGGACAACCAACUUCAGAGCACUCCCCGAUUCCGCGCUCACGUGACCCGAGUCAUGGCGUCUAUCGGCACGGUUGUGAACUCCUUAGACGAUCAGGAGGUUUUGCUGGACUUGUUCAAAGACAUCGGCAAAAAGCAUUAUCCUGCGAGGGUCCCCACCGAAUAUUUUGACGUCAUUGCCGGGGCCAUCCUGUGCAUGCUGCAGCAGUGCCUGGGGACAGGCUACACGGCGGAAGUGGACUCGGCCUGGACCAAGCUGUACGGGAGUCUGGGUCGUCACGCCAAGGACGGGCUCAGGGAGGCUGCGGCGAUGGGGACACCGUGAAGGCGACAAGAUCUCACGACGUCGUGACGAAUAUCAUUAACGUGUUUUUUAUAGUACAUAGAAACAAAGUAUUAUAUAACAUGUUGAAAUACGGUGAUAUGGCUGAUAAUGAUAAGGAAUCAUAGAGUUGACUCUGGUCCUCUAGGAAGAACGGCCUACAUGUUGGCCGACAGGGCUUACCAGUAUAAAUAAAGGUGAACUGAACUGAACUCUAGUAAAAUACAAAUUUAAAGAUCACAGCUGACUAAAUAUAUAUAUAUAUAUAAUCAUGCCGCAUCUUCUAUUUGAGUCAAUGUCAUUUACCUUCACAAGUAGUUCUCACCGGAACUUCUGUUUUGACUUUGCCGAUAGCUUUAAACUGAUCAAAAGAAUUUUGCAUUGGGGUUAGCUGGGCACUUAACAAUCCAUCUAGUUGGCUAAUAUUCUUUAAAUGGAGAAAUAAUAGCUUAACGACAGGGAGGGAGAGACCGUUUGCAUGAGUAUGUACCUGGUGUUUUGCUGAAAACAAUAAACAAUGCACUUUAUUGCCGUAGC